AUGGCCAGUUUGGCAGCCACUGCCUUUCAGCCUUCUACCUGGUCGUCAUCUCCAAAGGCUUCCAAGGGUUCCACACCUUUUGAUGACGUCCUCAAGGUGCAGUUGGAAGCCCUCCACCAGACCCUUCGGGAGCAACAUGUCAACGAGACAGAACAGCUUCGGAACUCAGUGGUCUUGUUGCAGCGCCAGAUCCAGCUGCUCUCGGGUGAGGGUGAUGUCGAGUCAAAGGAGUCAAAGCCAUCUGUUGAUGGACAAGAUGCAGGUUCUGCAGAGAAAGGUGUAGAUGACAGCACGCCGGUCGAGAAGUGGGCAGAUUUUGUAUCGAAGCUGCUCAUGAGGGAUGCGCUCUUUGAUCCAGAUGAUGAGCUUUGUCGACCGAUGCUGUUGGGGCAGGAUCUGCUGAAGAUGCAUCCCUCUUGGAACAUUGCCUUUCAAGAGGCCUCCAGGAUUGCAAGCCGAGGUCAGAACUUCCGCACCACGAUCAUGACAGCUGCAUCCACUCUUCGCAUGAAUGAUGCGUUGCGGGAUGAGGAUUCUCACCUACAGCGUCUCGUGGUAGGACCCAGGAGUAUGUUCCAAUUGUUCUGGUCCAUUAUAGGCAGCAUCUUCAUUAUCUGGGACCUUGUGACUAUCCCACUUGAGAUGUUUGACGUUCCAAAGUUCAUUGAGUUCCUGUCUGAAGUGGGCAAAGUCUCGCUGACUUACUGGGCUCUGGACAUGCCAACGAAUCUGAUCUUUGGAAGGGAGAUCAAGGGCAAGUUGGAGAUGCGACCAUCUGUCCUGUUGCGCCUGUAUCUAAAGUCAUGGUUUGCGCUGGAUGUCGUGGUGAUCUUCAUCGAUGUCAUGCUCCUCGUGCUGGAGGGAAUUCUGUCCGCAGGCUUUCGCUCUGCCCGUUUCUUGCGCACUUUGAGGUUGUUGCGCCUGUUGCGGCUGGUGCGAGUUGCGAAGUUGCAACAGGCUUUGUCGCUAGUUGCCAACCGCCUCUUGUCUGCCCACGCGUUUAUGGUGAUGAAGGUAGUGGCUGGCCUCGUAAUGAUACUUGCCAUCAACCACCUGAUUGCCUGCUGCUGGUAUGGCAUCGGGACGGUUGAGCUGGAUGGAAAGAGUUGGAUCGUCCAGGCAGAGAUAGGGUCGGAGUUCACCGAAGCAUACGCGGCAUCGAUCCACUGGGCACUGACGCAAUUCACGCCAGCGACCAACAACAUUGCACCGGACAAUGCUUUGGAGAGGUUCUUCUCCGUCUGGGUGAUUCUCUUGGCCAUGGGGGUGUUUUCUUCCUUCAUCAGCUCGAUAACCAGCACAGUGAGCAGUUUGCGAACUGCACGGGAAGAGCAAUUCAAGCAACAGUCCAAGCUGCUGCGUUUUUUUAACGAGAGGAAUCUCUCGAUCGAUCUGUAUGGUCAAGUACAAGAAUCCAUUCGUAAGCAAGGGGUUUUUGAAGUGCGCCUGAAGGAGGCAGACGUGAACCUCAUUCAAAACAUCCCAGAGAGGUUGAAGAUGCAGUUGCAUGAUGAGAUGUUUGCCUCACCCUUGUAUUGCCUGGGUAUGUGGCCGACCUGGAGCCAGACACGAGACCAGCCAUUCUUUCGGAACUUGUGUCACCAAGGCAUGACCGAAAACGUUGCAACCCCAACGCAGGAUGCAUUUAUGUCCGCAACUUCCUGCACGUGCGCUUACGUUCUGCAGUCUGGUUCUAUGCGCUAUCUUGCCAAGCAGAAGACGAAUUCGCAAAUCAUGGACAUGAUACGCCAAAAGAUUGAUCCGAGCGCUGUGUUAUGCCUUCCGAGCUUGUGGGCAGACUGGCAGCACCGUGGGCGAUUGACUGCAGAAUACGGCACCUGCUACUACAUAAAGAUUGAUGCCGAGAAGUUCUGCAGCAUUGCCACCCAGUACGGUGGACCUCUUUGGCAGUAUCUCCAAAUCUUUGGCAUCUUGCUCAUUGGAGCUGUUGACAACCGAGACGAGCUAGGCAUGUGGGUCUCCGACCUGGGUUUUGAAGAGAACGAGCUGGACCGGAUUGUAAUGCGUGCGCAGAGAAUCGCUGCCAUUAUGAAUGCACAUGCAGAUGGCGAGAUUCUGGUUGCCUCAUCUGCCUCGGAGCAUUUGUUCCUGUCAGAAGGACGUAAGCCCAGCAACCUGAAGUCUGUUGAACUUUGA